AUGGAUGAUUCCGGAGGGCAGGGGAGGCCUCUGGGUGAUCCCCCGGAUAUCCCUGACUCAUGGGCAAGGAAGUUGGUAGGGAGUAGUGGUGGUGGGAUGCGCAGGCCGGAGGAUGUUUUAGAUGAGAAGUUUGUGGCAGAGAGGGUUACUCUCGAAUUCCCUGAUGGGGUGGAUGGGGAACCAGUGAUUACCAUAGGAACGGAUGUGCUGGAGGCUAUGAAUGACUUAUGGAAGCAGUGCAUGAUCGUCAAAGUCCUUGGACGGAAUGUGCCGCUUAUGCCUUUGCAUCAGCGACUAAAAGAAUUAUGGAAACCUAAAGGAGCGAUGGUCGUUAUGGACCUACCCCGUCAGUACUUCAUGAUUCGUUUUGGAGAGGAGGAAGAUUACAUGAAUGCUUUAACAGGAGGACCGUGGAGAGCGUUUGGGAGCUAUCUUAUGGUUCAGGCUUGGAACCCAGAGUUUGAUCCAGUUAAGGAUGAUAUAACUACAACGCCAGUUUGGGUGCGUAUCUCUGAUCUACCAGUUAACUUUUAUCACAAAGCAAUUCUUUUUGGUAUUGCUAAAGGAGUGGGGAAGCCAAUCAGGGUAGAUGCAACCACGUCAAACCUGGAGAGAGCAAGGUUUGCACGGGUCUGUGUGGAGGUUAACCUUAAGAAACCAUUGAAGGGUUCGAUUAUGGUUAAUGGUGCAAGAUUCUAUGUCUCAUAUGAGGGAUUAUCCAAUAUUUGUUCGGGCUGUGGUCUUUAUGGGCAUAUGAUUCAUACGUGUCCGUCGUCGGCUCGAGCAAGAGAGCCAAUGAGUGCCCCUCGAGCUCAGAGUAAUGUGGCUGAGAUGCAUCCAAGUCAAGUGGAAGAUGGUUAUACUCAGGUGAAGCGAUCGGGUUGGAAGCCGGUGAGGUCGAUGGAUGUGGCAGUUGCUGCUAGGGGCCAAAGAGGAAAUGUGAAUCUUGGUGGCCGUGAUUCUCGGCUGGAGAAAAAUAUGGAGAAUAUUACUGUUUCCAACAGUUUUGAACGGUUAAGGGAGGAUUUAGAUUCGGUCAAUCCUCGUGAAGAUACACAGAGUAGAGAUGGGAAUAAAGAAAAUCGAGAUGUGAAUGUGGAGCGUGCUUCGCAAACAGGGCUUGUUGUGUUUGAGGCAGGUCCAUUAAAGCCCAUUGCUGGAAAUCAAAGAAACGGAAAGUGGAGGAAGAAUGGGCCGACAAAGACUAACAAUUGA